CGUAGUGGCCACGACACAUUUGAUUGAGCAUUCCUCCGAUCCCACCAUUGCUGGCUAGCUUACUGCUUGCCAUGGCACCCAAAUCUCCACCGCCCUUUCCUCUUUACGAAACCAAAGUUCGGAACAAUGCGGUUUCACGAGCGGUGGAGGUCGUCAUUCUUCUGCUUCUCCUCUCGCUCAUCGCCUAUAGAGUUUGGAAUCUCCAUAGCCAUGGCUACUACUACACUUGGCUCUUGGCCCUCGUGUGCGAGUCUUGGUUCACUUUCAUUUGGGUUCUUGUGGUCAGCACCAAGUGGAAUCAGGUUGAAACCACUACUUACCCAGAACGCUUCUUGGAAUGGGUGGAGAAUGGGAGCUGUGAGUUUCCGGCGGUGGACAUGUUCGUCACGACGGCCAACCCGGAGCUGGAGCCGCCGAUUCUGACGGUCAACACCGUGCUGUCGCUGUUGGCACUGGAAUAUCCGGCGAACAAGCUAGCUUGUUACGUCUCAGACGACUCUGCAUCCCCUGUUACCUUCUAUGCUCUCGUCGAAGCCUCCAAAUUCGCUAAGCUCUGGGUUCCCUUUUGUAAGAAGUACAACGUCGCCGUGAGAGCUCCGUUCCGGUACUUCAACGCCGACCACACAUUCCCGCCGGAAAGCUCCCCGGAAUUCCGACGUGAAUGGAAGAAAAUGAAUGAUGAAUAUGCAAAUCUGUGUGGAAAGAUCGAAUAUGCCACCCAAAAACCCUCCCUAUUCAACAAAUUCGCAACUUUUGCAGAUCUUGAUCCCAAUGACCAUUCUACAAUCAUAAAGGUAAUCUGUGAGAACGACGAAUCUUUGGCUGUCGGUGUGCCUCACCUAAUCUACAUCUCCAGAGAAAAGCGUCCAAAGCAUCAACAUAAUUUCAAGGCUGGCGCCAUGAAUGUUUUGACGAGAGUGUCAGGAGUGAUGACAAAUGCACCAUUUAUGUUAAAUGUGGACUGUGAUUUCUACGUAAAUAACCCAGAAGUAGUGCUCCACGCUAUGUGCUUUUUGCUUGGCGCAAAGGAUGAAAGGGACACGGGAUUUGUACAAUUUCCUCAGACUUUUUACGAUGGAUUGAAAGAUGACCCUUAUGCGAGUCAGUAUAAAAUCAUAUAUCAUUGUUUGGGGAGAGGAAAUGCUGCAAUUCAAGGAUCAUUUUAUGAUGGGACCGGCUGCUUCCAUAGACGGAAAGUAAUCUAUGGUUUAUCGCCAAAUGACACCGUCACUGCUGAAAAAUUGACAGACCAUGACCUACAGAAGAUAUAUGGAAAAUCAAAGAUAUUCGUAACGUCAGCAACCACUACCUUAUCAGGAUCGUUAAGUUCAGAGACGUUCGGUGUUCUUUCAUAUUCCCUUGAGGCGGCAUCCCAAGUUGCCAAUUGCGGUUAUGAAUUUGGCACAACUUGGGGCCAUAAUAUUGGAUGGCGGUAUGGAUCUGUGACGGAAGAUAUUCUGACCGGAAUUGGUAUUCAAAGAAUGGGUUGGAAAACCGGGUUCUGUGUGCCGGAGCGGCCUGGUUUCCUGGGAUGUACACCGUCAACCGGGCUGGGCUCGUUGAACCAAAUGAAGAGAUGGGCCUCUGGCCAUACGGAAAUACUAUUUAGCAUGAAAUGCCCAAUAUUUGCUGCCUUAUUUGGGAACCUCCAGUUUAGGCAAUGUUUGGCCUAUAUGAUCUCUAUACUUUGGCCUGUGCGCCCCAUUUUUGAACUAUGCUAUGCUUUUCUCCCACCUUAUUGCCUCAUCACCAACUCUCACUUCCUACCAAAGGGAAAUGAAGUGGCCAUUGUUAUACCUGCGUCUAUUUUCAUCAUAUACAACUUGUACACUCUAUGGGAAUACAUGGAAGAAAAGGAGUCGAUACGAGCAUGGUGGAACAACCAAAGAAUGUGGAGAAUAAUGUCUUCAGCUUCAUGGUUAUUCGGAUUUCUUACUGUGAUGUUUAAGCGUUUAGGAUUCUCCGAAACGGUAUUUGAAGUCACAAAAAAAGAUGAAGAUCAUACACAGGACAAAAAGUCCAACACUGGAUUUACGUUCGAUCAUUCGCCGUUUUUUGUCCCUGGUACAACCAUUUUGUUGGUGAACAUGGCAGCUCUGUUUAUUGGAUUGUGGAGAUUUACACAGCAGGGAAAAGCGGAGUGGGGUGUGGGUGAAGUAAUUUGCAGCUUCUGGGUAAUACUAAUGUUUUGGGCAUUUCUCAAAGGCUUGUUUGGAAGUGGAAAAGAUGGGAUUCCAUGGUCAAUAAUUUUGAAGUCUGGGGCUCUGGCGUGUCUUCUUUUACACUGUUGCAAAUCUGUAUAUUGACAAUUAUAUCAAGUUAUAAUAAUUAGUAGCAAGAUUGCUUAUA